GUUUUUCGGAGCCAGUCGACAGUCGUCAGCCGUCGACCGUAUGGUUAUGUUGUGCGUAUCGCAUCGAGCUUCGCGUCCAUCGAAGUACGUUUUUCGUAUUUAGUUGAUAAUAAUAUCGCGUGUAAAAAUUAGAAAUCGUUUUACUGACCGAAUAAUAAUUAAAAAUCGUGUCGAUGGUCUUUGCGUACCGAACAAGUAUACUUAGUGAGAGUGCGGAAUUAAAUAUUAUAAUAAAUUAUUAUUUUCUCACCGUUUGUCGUUAUUUUUAAAUUUUUAAUAAAAAAAAAAAUCGGCUACUGACAUAAUAAUAUACAUUUUAAAUAAAAAAAAAUCUAUUGGAAUGAUAUUAUGACAGUGCUCUCUCGUUCGAUUUGAAAAUUAUUGAACAGUGGUGAAGAUGACCACCAAUGUCACUACCACAAUGUCGAUGGUCGUUUUGCUGCUGUCGGGCAUGGUGUCGUUGGUACUGUGCGGCGGCGAAAGACUGGAGGACAACAGCGCCGUGGCCGUGAUCGACAACAAUCAACAGGUGAUGUGCGAAGACGUACGAAUGAAGUGCGCGAUGGGCAUGGGCUGUUCGAUGGCGCUGCAACACUACUUGGCUAAAUGCGACAAAGUUCUCCAGACCGACUCGGCCACUUGCCCCGAAUCGUGUUUGUACGCGUUAGUCGCACUCACAUCCACCGAAGACGGCAAGCGGAUGAUGGACUGCAAGUGCCGGGAUCACUACUGCGAGGAAAUGAAGGCCCGAGUGGAAGUAUGUCGGCCGUUUGUGUUGGAGGCAUCUAAAAAUGAGACAGUGGUACCAUGCGAACUGGCUAAUUGGGUGUGUAUGGUGGAUACGGUAUGUUCGACGGCACUCGACUAUUAUCAGACUUACUGCAGACGAAUGCUAGUUGGUGUGGCAUGCACGGAGCGAUGCCUCAACUCUGUGGAAAUACUGAGGCGACAGGAGAAAGCGGCCAAGAUGAACCGGUGCAGGUGUACCGGAAAAUCGGCAGUUGAGUGUCUACGUAACAAAGAGCGUAUGGUUAGAUUGUGCUACGGCGGCGAAGCGGACCCGCGACUCCAACAGGGGGGUUCUAGUAGCAGCAGUGGAAAUGGAAACAAGUCCAGUGGCCGGAAAAAUCGAAGAAAACACCGACCUAGGAUGUUCGACCUGGACCCGGACCGGGCCGAAGUAGAAAUGAUGAUGGCCAAUGCAGAUUAUCAACCCGACGUCCGGAACAGGUACAACGCUUCGGACGACUUUAGUAGUGACAAUGACGAAAUAAACGAAGAAGAGAAUGAAGACGAAGGAUCCGGGUCCGCGACGGGCUUACUACCAGGAACAAUAUUAGUGGCGGCAGCAUCUGCUUACUUAGUCACGCGAUGAUUAUCGCUUGCUGCGGAUUAAGCGUACGCGUGCAGGUACGAGCUUUAAUUUUUCGGCCGGCCGAAACGCGCUUUUUCCGUUUUUGUUAUAUAUAAUUUUCUCAUUAUUUUUCGUGUUUUUUUUUUUUUUGUAUAAUUAUUAUUUAUUCCUAGAUCGGAUUGACUGAAGCGUAUAGUUCACGGGUGCGCACUUAAUCGGGCACUCAGGGUUUCAUAUUUUUUGGGGGGUUCUUGUCUUAGAUUAAAAAAAAAUUGGGGAAAAGGUAGAAAUCUAUGAACGGCGUUACAAUGGCGCUUGUCAACUAAUCUAUCUACUAUUAAGGCUUUUUGCCAGACUGAAAUAAAAUCGUUUAACUGAAUACGGGCAUCGAGAAAAACCGCAUGCCUACGUACGGUACACGCAGCGUGUGCUGCAAUGUCCUGUAAUCGAAUAGUAUUUCUUGUUUGAAGAUAUUAUAAUUAUUAUCAGUUCGCAUCUUUUAUUAUUAACGUUUUUUUUGUUUCCGACGACGCGUUCAUCAAACUCAAUAAAAGGAUUGUGAUUAAAGACUUUUACUCUAUAGGUAUAUAUUUUUAUUACAUAUAAUUCCAGGAGAUUAUAUUGUGUGUAUAAUAUUAUGUUAAUAAUAUAAUCGCUUUACAUUUAGCUGUAAUACAGUCAUGCAGCGUUUGUAUGAUAUUAUUAUAAUUUGUACAUAUAUAUAAUAAUAAUAUAUUAUGUUAAAAAAAUAUAUAUUUUUUUAAUCUGUGUGUAUAU